AUGCGAUACAUCAGCUGGGCAGACGCUAUUUUCGUUUUGUACAGCAUUACAGACAAGGAGUCGUUUGAAUACGCGGAGCGGUUGAUGAAGCAGAUUACGCAGCAUGAUCAUACGAAUUGUUUGUCCUCGCAUACCGUAUUUCUCGUUGGCAAUAAGACCGACCUAGAUAGAUACAGGUUGGUCACUUUGACGCAGGGAAUGACACUCGCCACGAUCUACAAGGCUAAGUUCUUCGAAAUAAAUGUCACCGAAGAGUACAGUGUCGUCAAGCCGCUGUUUAAGGAGGCGGUCAGUGAAGUGCUUGUGGUGAGGAAAAAGGCUCAGAGCUACGGCGAUGGACGUUCUUGGUUAGGUGGAGAGCAAGGUGCCGAGGAUGUCGUCAGCCGAGAUUGUCAGCUGCCGACGAAAUCUGCAAUGCGUGUCUCGAAGACCAAUUCGAUUAAGGGCAGCGAGUCAAUCAAAUUCAAACCGUCGCCUGCUUUCGUUCAGAAAAAGUCUUCCGGCUUGAAACUGUUGAAACUCUUUCAGGAAAAGUACCGUGACGUUUCAUAA